CAAAUAUCUCAAGCACAUCUGCAGUUAGUCUAUAAUCUACAAACAGGUCCACAGGACAGUCAGACGUGAUCAUUGUUACUCGCUUCUUCGUAUUGCCAGCGCAUCCAUUGGGUGGGAUGGGCACGCUGCGUAAUUUGCCCGUAGAAUUAUGGCGUCCGAUACUAGCAUCGCUCGUCCGGUCGCCUGGGGUUCUCUCGUCCGACCGACAAGAUCCAUUCUCGGAAGUUCGGGACAUUGUCGUAUUCUUGAACAGAGACGUGAAGACUCACUCAGCACUCCUUUUGGUCUGCAAAGUGUGGCAUAACGUUGUCACAGAGCUUACCCAUGAGCACCUUCACUUGACGUCGGCAGAGCAAGUGGCUGUUAUCGCCAACCGCUUGGAAGAAAGUCGCAGGCAUUCAAUAAAGCACCCUUUGGGAACGUGCACUCGACGGAUCGACUUUCAGCUGUCGAACCCGUCCGAUCAAUGCUUAAACGCACUUGUGCGAAUCCUGCGGUGUACACCAAACAUCGAAAUUCUAGUCAAUAGCAAUUACUACAUGGCGAUGAAUCCAACUUUUCAUAUCACACCACCUCAGGCUCAGACGCGAACGGAAAUUAUAGAUGCCCUCAUUGGAACAUGCUCUAAGUCACUACGACGACUGGAGUGGACAUCUAACGAAUAUCCUUCUUGGAGCGACCUGAUGCGCGUGCUUGAAACGGCUACUGGCAUAAUAAGCCUGACACUCGCAAAUAUAUAUGGCAACUUCACGGAGAGACCAUCGCAUUACCUUACUUUAGCCAACUUAAAAACGCUUGUUCUCGGAGAUAGUCCUUCGUUCUCGCACGCGUCGCUGGGCAAUGUUCCCCUAAAUGCCUUUCUUACGAUGCUCGCCAAGUCUCCCGAGCAACUUCCGUCCCUGCAAAGGCUGGAGGGGUUCUCCCCCUUUAGUCCAGACUUCCUGCGAACCCACGGGUCAAAAGUGCGCAUUGUCCGCACCGUCGCAUUCACGCCAUUGUUAAAUGAAAUUAUCGCAACUUGUCCGAACUUGGACACUUUUGUCACUAUCUUUCCUCAUCAUAUUUUGGAUCUACUAUCGCAUCCUUCGCUAAAGCGGAUUGGUAUUUUCCCAAUCAGUGAGGAUCCCGUUGGCGUCCCUCAAGCGAUUUUCAGCGCGUAUAUCAUGAAGCCGCUCGAAGAUCUCUUGUGUCAGAUCGACGAGUCCCAACUUCCGAAACUGACCCAGGUCCGAAUUCGUAACAUUGGAACCUUAGCGAAUAUCACGGAACAUCCCUUGUUUCUUCAGAGGUGGUGGAAACAUUGGGAUUCAAGGGGUGUACGUUUCGAUGACAAAAAUGGACGACCGUUCAAUCUGGUGUCAUCAGGUACAGAUCACACAUCCAGUCAUCGUGUUGCGCUCAAAAUACCCACAGGGAACGCCAGUGUACUCGAUGACAUGCGUCGACCAUGACGCAUAUCCUGAUCCGGAACCUCAAAUUGCCUGAACCUACUUUUUGGCGUUGUUUUACCACAAUUGAUUUGUUGUGCUUAUAUCACUUGAUGAUCUUCAUAUAGAACAUACAAUUUUAGGGUGUAGAUAAUAUGUUGUUUUACUCUUGUUCGAGGUUGGGAGACAGAGGAAUGAACGUGUGGCUAGUUGGUAGUAGUUGUGAAAAGCGUCCAUUAAUGUUCAAGAAUCUAAAGGAAUGUGAAACGAUAGGUGAGUCCAGAAACUUGAGUGUUAGACACUACGAGUGUUUCCCGUUCUGAAAAGAGUGUGGGGAGCCGACCAGCUGCGACAGUGGAUACUUUGAAUGUCCAGGAAAAUGAUCUAAAGGAAUGUGAAGAGACAGCUCCCAAGUACCAAGUCUACCAGUGUUUAGAGAGUGUGGAGAGCUGCCAACCGG